AUGCUUUCUGCGUUUGUCCUUCUUUCCCUAGCACUCACCUGCGACGCUCUCACGUUGCCUGCCAGCCAGGACACCGUGGGGUUUUCUGCCAAUGCGUGGAACGGCAACCUGGUCACCUCUCUGUCCACUGACGACUAUGCUGGAUACACUGCCGACCGCUUUGGCGAGGCCCAGGCUGGCCCUGCCUCUCUGAGCUCCAGUUCCAGCUCCCAGGCUUUCCAGGAGCCAUCUUUCGAGACUAGCUCUCUGGAGUCUUCUUCCCAGACUAGCUCGCUGGAGCCAUUUUUCGCAGCCAGCUCUCUGGAGCCUCAACAGACUUCCCAGGAAACGGCUGCUUUUUCUUCAAUUGCAGAGACUUCGUCUGCUUGGGCGCCCGAGACCCCCAGUUCUUCCUCGGAAAUCAAUUCCUCCAGAGCCUCGCUUCCUUGGGAAUCUCCACUGUCGGAGCUUCAGGCUGUCUCUGCAGCUCCAGAGGCUGCUGAGUCUUCUGCUGAGUCUUCUGCUGCAUCGUCUGCUGAGUCUUCUGCUCAAUUGUCCGAAUCGGACCUUGGCGCUUCCACAACCAUCAGUGGCGAGUGGUCUGCUGAAUCGUCUGCUGACUUAUCUGAAUCCGAUCUUGGAGCUUCUUCCACCAUAACUGGGGAGUGGUCUGCUGAGUCUUCCUCCCAGCCCGAGGAAUUCGAUUCCGCUCAAUCCUCCGACCCAAUUGAGUCCUCCAUCGAAUCCUCCACUGAGUCCUCCGUCGAAUCCUCCACUGAGUCCUCCGUCGAAUCCUCCGCUGUUUCUUCAGACUCUGCUGCUCCCUCAGAUCUCGCUUCUGCGGUAGCUUCUUCAACCGAGGCCUCUGAAGCCUCCUCCUCGGCCUUGUCGGCCUCGUCGGCUGCUUCUCUGGCAGAAGCCAGCUUUGCGUCCUUCUCCAACUCCACCGUGGUGUCCACGCUUCUCACCACCCGACUCGUCACCUUGUCGGCUGAAAACGGCCCCACCACCGUCUACUCCACCGAGGUGGUCACCGAAGUCGUCACUGUGGGCGGAAACGGCGACGACGACAACGACGAAAACACCCAGAACAACGCUCCUCAGGUCACCACGGACGUCCACACCACCACCGAUGCCGACGGCACCGAGGAAACCACCGUGGAGGUGACCACCCUAGUGACCGAGGCUGCCGAGACCGGGUCUGGCAGUGGUGGAAGUGACGGUUCUGGAAAUGGUGGUUCUGGAAAUUCUGGAAAUUCUGGUAACGGCAAUUCCGGUAACGGCAAUGCUGGUGGUAAUGGCAAUUCUGGUGGUAACGGCUCUGGUUCUGGUAACGACAACGACAACGACAACUCUGGAAACGCAGACCAGACCACCCUGACCAUCUUAUUCACCGUCACCGUCGAUAGCCCCUCCUCCUCGGAAACCCCGGUCUUGCCUUCCUCGCCAGGCCAGGGCGGCUACGGAAGCAACAGCACCAUCUCCUCGCUGAACUCGUCCCAGCCCUUCACUUCCUUGGCUGCAAACAGCAGUGACUCGUAUUCUACUGCUUCCUACAACUCCUCCACGCUUUUGAGCGGAGCCCAGCUUCCACAGCUGUCCACGUUCCUUCUGGUGGCCUCCAGCGCCGCCCCCUCCGGUUUUUAG